AAAUUACAAUAAGCGCUUACAAAUCAUUCAACGAAGGAGUGUGCUGCUGGCGUCUGUGUGUUUCAGUAGUCGUUGAGCACUGGUCGUGGCUAGACUAGUAUUUCGAUUCGUAAUUCCAAGUAAUUUUUAUCAAUUCGCGUAAAAUGCAAUUCUCGGAUAGCAAGAAUGAAGGCCGCCAACCUAUCGGAGUAGGCAUUUCAGAGGCGGCCACUCGUGCUGAGCUGGCGGGCUUUGGCGCGAAUAACGAAUUCGAUUAUGAAUAUGUGCUGGCGCGCAUUGGUUUCGGCAAAGCACAAUGGUUACUGUUGCUCAUCUCUGGCCUUCUGACAUUGUGCUCCAUGGCCACGCAAACUUCCGUGGGCAUCAUGGCCAUCGCUUCACAAUGCGAGUUUGACAUGAGUCAAGGGGAGAAGGGCAUAAUGAUGGCGGCGUGUGUAACAGGAAUAUUUCUAUCCACAUACUUUUGGGGUUAUGCCAGUGAUGCUUUCGGUCGACGUUCGGUACUCUUCUAUGGUACACUGGCGACAAACCUGCUACAAUUGAUCUCCAUGUUUAUCACAAAUAUAUGGGUUUUCAACUUUAUUAACUUAUUAAUGGGCAUCAGUUUAGGAGGCGUCUCAGCUGCUAUUUACGCAUACCUUAGCGAGUUCAAUACUGACAAGCAUCGCGCCGUCGUUAUUAAUUAUUCAACCAUGUUCGUAAGCAUCGCAGCAAUCUAUAUGCCUGCGACCUCUUGGCUUGUACUUUCCGCCGAUUGGUCUCUUCACAUAAGCGACGGUUUCAUAUUCCGGCCAUGGCGGUUGAUAAUCCUGUUGAAUCUCUUGCCGGGCUUGAUUGGAGCAAUCAUGCUGUACCCCUUCCCGGAGAGUCCAAAGUUACUGUUGGCCCAGGAUAAGGAAUACGAGGCCAUUGCAGCGCUGGAAUGGAUCUGUAAAUUUAAUCGUGGACGUCCUAUAGCAAGUGUUUUCGGAAAUGAUGCUGAUUUCAAAUUAAAACCGGAACAGAUCACUGACGACACUUUGCGCAGCGCGGGUGGUGUAUGUGGCGUUCUUGUGAACAUUUGGAGAGCAACAGUGCCGCUCUUUCACAAGCCACAUUGUGUGAAUUUCCUCUUGAGCAUUAUUUCAGUAUUUGGUAUGUUUCUCACAUCGGCGGGCAUGCAAAUUUGGUAUCCGGAAAUAGUGAAUCGCUCGUCGGGUGAUAAUGCCGGCAAUAGUUCGUCUGUGUGUGAAAUAUUAGAAGCUUCGUUCGAAAAACAACGCUUAAAUGUAACUUCCGUCGAUGAGGAGAUCUGUGAUGAUACUAUCACGGCCAAGACAUAUAUAGACAACAUGAUUGUGGGUUGCGCAUUUUUGGUGGGUUUUGCCAUACAGGGUGCCAUAUUAAAUCCGUUGGGUCGCAAAAAUGUGUUAAUGGCCGCGUUGGCCAUUGGUACUCUGAGUGGAAUUCUGCUGCACUUCGUCGCCAAUGCAAAAGCUGUUCUGGUGCUAUUCUGCUUAUACAUACUCAUGCCGGGAUUAUCGAUAUCGAUUAUGUGCGGUGCCAUGGUGGAUUUAGUGCCGACGCAAUUGAGAGGCAAAGCGGUUAGCAUUGGUAUGGCGAUGGGCCGCCUGGGAGUGAUAGUCGCUUCAAAUAUGAUUGGCGUUAUGCUGGAACCCUAUUGUAAUACAACGUUUGCCAUACUGACGGCGUCGAUUCUGAUCUGCGCCUUCUUGGUGCAUUUUCUACCUAUAUGAGAAGAGUUGUGUGAGGAAGCCUAUGAAUGAACCAUAUCAAAAUGUUGACUGCGUUUUGCUUUUGUUAUUUUGUUUUCCACAAUUUUGCUUUUAUUUUCUUGUAUAACAUUUGUCACAUUUUAACAUGGGUUAUAAGCUUUAUCAUCCAAAACAUCGAAAAAUCUUUUUUGUACAUUUACGAGUAUACAUAGAUGUUAUCAUUUACAGUUUCGUUUAUACAUAAAACAACAAAAUAGUUUAUAAAAAAGUAAAUAAAAAUAUAUUUUUUUUAAGUAAGCAAGA